ACAAAGAAAUGUUAAUUAACACUAAGAUGGAUGGAAUCCAGACCAUCAAUCACUGCCAAAACACCGUGACACGAGUGAUGUCACUGACACCUGGGUUAGGGUUUUCUGUGUCCCUGCUGCCUAGAGGUCUUACAUGCAAGCGCAGGCAACGACGUCUAUGAACCCUCCAUCUGUCACUAUAUACCCUAGGUAUGUACAGUACUUAGCAGUUAUUUGAGAGAUUGGAACUCACGUACUUCUUCAGCCGAUAUUGACCUAGACUACUACUAUUCAAUGCACGAUUGAAUUGCCGUCACGCUCAUCCAAAUCCACAUCUGUCCAAGUGUCAAUCGUGCCGAUCCAGGGAAACCAAGAUGAGCAGCAGAACCAAACGCGCCAAAUCCCCCGAUGUCGACGCGAUAGAGGAAGAUGAGAAGCAGUACGGCAGCGGCCAUCUUUCUCUAGAAGAGAUCGACGAGCACUUCCCCAACCGACCACGCAACCACUCCAAAACCUUCCCCUUCUCGGAACUCUACCUGUCCCUCUUCAACCCGCUGAUCGACUGCAAGCCCACCACCACGGCCGCCGCCGCCGCCGUGCCACGCGCCCGGCGCGGGUUCAAGGGCAAUGCGCCCACCAAGCUGUCGUACCACGAGCAGCGCCGGCACAUCAUCGAGCGCUUCAUGGCGCGCUGGCGCGCCGAGGUCGGGCCCGACUUCUACCCGGCCAUGCGGCUCAUCCUGCCGGACAAGGACCGCGACCGCGGCGUGUACGGCCUCAAGGAGAGCGGCAUCGGCAAGCUGCUGGUGAAGGUCAUGAAGAUCGACCGCAACUCGGAGGACGGGUACGCGCUGAUGCAUUGGAAGCUGCCCGGUGGUGGUGGCCAUGGUGCGGGGCCAGGCGGUGGGGGGAGGUUUGGUGGUGGUGGUGGCGGUGGGAGUAGGAGCACGGCGGGGGACUUUGCGGGGAGGUGUUAUGAGAUUGUCGGCAAGCGGCAGAUGAGGACCGACCCGGGCGCUUUCACCAUCGCUGAGGUCAAUAUCAUGCUGGACCGUCUCGCUGGCGCCAGCGGCGAGGCGGAGCAGCUGCCCAUCUUCGAGGAGUUCUACCAGGGGAUGAACGCCGAGGAGCUGAUGUGGCUGGUGAGGAUUAUCUUGAAGGACAUGAAGGUUGGCGCGACGGAGCGGACGUUCCUGGGGCUGUGGCAUCCCGACGCCGAGGCCCUGUUUAGUGUCUCGUCCAGUCUGCGGAGGGUGUGCUGGGAGCUGUAUGAUUCCGAGUUCCGACUCGAGCAGCAGGAGACCGGGGUGACGCUCAUGUCGUGCUUCCAGCCGCAGCUGGCACAAUUCCAGAUGACGACGACGUUUGCGAAGCUGAUGGCGAACCUGGGGGUCACCGAGGAGGACCCGGAGUUCUGGAUCGAGGAGAAGCUCGACGGCGAGAGGAUGCAGAUGCACGUGCAGGAGGACGACUCCGUGCCGGGCGGGUACAGGUUCGCCUUCUGGUCGCGAAAGGCCAAAGACUACACGUACCUGUACGGAAGCGGGCUGGAGGACGACAACUCAGCGCUGACGAGACACCUGAAGAAUGCGUUCGACAGCGGCGUCCGCAACAUGAUCCUCGACGGGGAGAUGAUUACGUGGGAUCCCGAGGUCGACAAGAUGGUGCCCUUCGGCACGCUCAAGACGGCCGCGCUCGACCAGCAGAAGAACCCGUUCCAGACGGGGCCGCGGCCGCUCUACCGCGUCUUCGACAUCCUCCUCCUCAACGACAAGUCCCUAACAGAGUACACGCUCGCCGACCGGCACCGGGCGCUCGAGCGGGCCGUCAAGGGCGAGCCGCGGCGGCUGGAAAUCCACCCGCACGAAUGCGCCACGUCGGCCGACGCCAUCGAGCCGCUCCUCCGCAAGGUGGUCGCCGAGGCGUCGGAGGGGCUGGUGCUCAAGAACCCGCGCUCGCGGUACCAGCUCAACAGCCGCAACAACGACUGGAUCAAGGUCAAGCCCGAGUACAUGUCCGAGUACGGCGAGUCGCUCGACUGCGUCGUAGUCGGCGGCUACUACGGCUCCGGGCGGCGCGGCGGCAGCCUGUCCAGCUUCCUGUGCGGCCUGCGCGUCAGCGAGAACUUUGUGCGGUCGGGCGCCGCCGCCAGCCGCGAGAAGUGCCUCAGCUUCUGCAAGGUCGGCGGCGGCUUCAAGGCCGAGGACUACGCCGAGAUCCGGCACCACACAGAGGGCAAGUGGCGCGACUGGGACGCGGCGAACCCGCCGUCCGAGUUCGUCGAGCUCGGCGGCGGCGAGCGGCUGCAGUACGAGCGGCCCGACGUGUGGAUCCGCCCGCGCGACUCGGUCGUGCUCUCCGUCAAGGCCGCGUCGUUUGCGCCCUCGGACCAGUUCGCUAUGGGCUGGACGCUGCGCUUCCCGCGCUUCCGCAAGCUGCGCCUCGACAAGGCCUGGGACGCCGCCAUGGACGUGGACGAGUUCGAGGCCCUGCGCACCAAGGUCAAGCAGGAUGAGAAGGAGCGCAAGGCCAUGGAGAUGGAGAACCGCAAGCGCAGGCCGGCCAAGCGACAGAAGCGAGAGCUCAUCAUCGCCGGUGCCGGGGACGGUGCCGGUGCCGCGGACCCGGCCUCUUCUGCGCUGCCCGAGUUCUUCGUGGACGCCAAGAAAAACCCCCGCCGGACCGAGCUAUUCCGGGGCCUGGAUUUCUGCGUCCUGUCGGAGGCGCUCAAGCCCAGAAAGAUGACCAAGCCGGCCCUAGAGGGGCUGAUCAAGGAGAACGGCGGGAAGAUCCACCAGGCGGUGGACAAAGGGUCGGGCAUGAUCCUCCUGGCAGACAAGAACGUCGUCAAGGCGGCGAGCCUCAAGCGCGCCGGCGACGUGGACAUUGUGCGCCCCAAGUGGGUGCUCGACUGUCUCGAGCAGACCGGGGGGGAGGGCUACCUCCUCCCCUUCGAGGAAAGCCACAUGUUCUACGCGACCGAGGCGAUGCGGAAGGUUGCCGCUGAGAGCACAGAUCGCUAUGGCGACAGCUACGCACGGGACGUAGGCGCGGACGAGCUGCGGGAGAUUCUGGACGGGAUGGACCUGUCGGACGAAGACGGUGAGAGGAGGACCGAGUUCGAUGCGAACCAGUUCCUGAACCAGCUCGAAGAGCGCGGCCACGGCCUGGACGAGCUGACGAGCUUCAUGUUCAGGAGGUGCCGGGUGCACUUUGCGCUUGGCGAAGGAGUGCCCGAGACGGCGGCGCUCAAGCUGGGGAACUACGUCCGGUUUGGGAACGGAGAGGUGGCGGAUGACAUUGACGAUGACAAGAUCACGCACGUCGUGGUGGUUGUCGUGGGGGGGAAAGAGGAGGACGCCGCAGCCUCUGAGAGGCUGGUGGCCGCCGAUGUAAGGUACAAGAUCAGCUCGAGGAGAGCGGUGCCGAGAGUGGUGUCCGCGAGGUGGGUUAAGGACUGCUGGAAGGAGGGUACGUUGGUGGAUGAGGAGGCGUAUGCCCCUACCUAAGGUAGUUAACGGUCGAGUGGCAGUGUAACUACCUACCUAAACAGGACUGAAACGAGUUUAUAGCGGGUUAUGGCACGAAUGAAGGAUACCACCUUAUCCCCUGGAAUUUAACACGCUUUGGCUUCGAUGUAUUGUAUAUUGGGGGGGUAUAGCGUCCAAGAGUUGGCACUACCCUACGCCAAGCCCACAAACCAUCCCGAGCCAUCUCACUGGGCAGUCUGCGAGUCACAACUCUAGUACUUCAAUCCAAUCCCUGGCCUACCAGAUACCUUACCUAGGUAGGUAUCUACCCCUACUUGCCGAUAGUCAAGAAAAGCCUGUCUCCCACAUCCCCGAUACCGGGCUUG